AAAAACUUAUACUGAAUUGAUCUAUUUAAUUUCCCAGUGUAUAGAGAGGUCUCUAUAUAUAGACUAAGGUACGAGUUAUUAAUGUAAGUGGCUAGCUUUAUUUCUUGUGAGAAACUAAGGGAGAGGACGAGAUAGAAGAGCUAGCUAGUGAGAGAACUUGAAAUAAAAUGUCUGAAACAGGAGGUGAUGAGAUAACCCCAGCCCCAAUAACACCGGGGCCGCCUAUGCCACCUACAGAAGAUCCUCCAGCGUCUAAGUCUCGGGUACAACCACUGCUGAUCCCUGCUUCAACCACCACCACCGGUGGUGGUGACCAGAUAACACUAAAAACCCCGAAAACUUUAACCCCAAAGUCUCGUACUCCACGGUUCAUGACACCAAUAGGGAGCCCCGUUAGGAGGGCUUUCCACCUCACAAGGCUUGACCCUCAAGAUGCUUGGCUUCCAAUCACUGAAUCUAGGAACGGUAACGCUUACUAUGCUGCCUUCCACACUCUUUGUUCUGGUAUUGGAAUUCAAUCUCUUGUGCUUCCUGUGGCCUUUCCUUAUCUUGGGUGGACAUGGGGUGUUAUAUGUAUGACUUUGGCAUUCAUAUGGCAACUUUACACUUUAUACUUGCUGGUCCAACUUCAUGAAUCUCCUGAAACUGGCAUCCGUUAUUGCAGAUACAUUCAACUUUGCAAUGCAACUUUUGGUGAGAAGUUAUCGAAGUUCUUGGCCUUAUUCCCGAUUUUGUACCUAUCGGGCGGCACGUGCGUGGCUCUGAUUGUCCUCGGAGGAGCAACAUCAAAGUCGUUCUUCCAAAUUGUGUGUGGAGCUACAUGCACUGCAAGGCCAUUGACACCAGCAGAGUGGUACUUGGUGUUUACAUGCGCCGCAGUGAUUCUGUCGCAGCUACCAAACUUGAACUCCAUUGCCGGAGUGUCUCUUGUUGGUGCCAUCACAGCUAUUGGCUACUGCACAAUCAUAUGGGUUGUGUCUGUGGAUAAGGGUAGACUUCCUCAUGUGUCUUAUGAUCCCUUGAAAUCCAACAAAAACCUCAUUCACUUUUUUGAUAUUCUCAAUGCACUUGGAAUGAUUGCCUUUGCCUUCAGAGGCCACAACCUUAUACUUGAGAUUCAGGCCACAAUGCCAUCCAAUGAAAAACAUCCAUCACGCGUGCCAAUGUGGAGGGGUGUCCAAAUUUCAUACACUCUCAUAGCAAUGUGCCUUUUCCCCCUUGCAAUUGGAGGCUAUUGGGCAUAUGGUCAGAUGAUACCACAUCAAGGAGGCAUGUUUGCGGCCUUGUACGGCUUCCAUAUGCGUGACACAUCCCGAUUGGUUCUCGGACUAGCAAGUUUGUUUGUUGUAAUCAAUGCUUUGUGCUCCUUCCAGAUCUAUGGCAUGCCGAUGUUUGACGAGAUGGAGUCACAAUACACUAGGAGGUUUAAGAAGGCAGCUCCAUGGUGGCUUAGGGCUAUCAUGAGAGCUAUGUAUGCUUAUGGAUGCUACUUCUUAGCCGUGGCCGUACCUUUCUUGGGAAGCAUAGCUGGUUUGCUAGGAGGGAUAUCAUUGCCGGUGACAUUAGCAUAUCCAUGUUUCAUGUGGCUAAAGAUCAAGAAACCCAAGAAGUACAGUCUAAGUUGGUGGGUAAAUUGGGUAUUAGGGACUGUGGGAAUUCUUUUAAGUAUCCUGUUGAUUGCUGCUGGUGUUUAUGUUAUAAUUGACACUGGUAUUACAGUGAGCUUUUUCAAGCCUCAGUGAUUGCCAAGCAAUGUCAAACGAUGACAUGUUGUGUCCGGAAUUCUAAACUCUAGCUACUAAUUAUUCUCCCUUGAGCCAAAAGCUUAAGUAGCCUAUGUAGUUUUCCUGUGGAUGUUUAAAGAAUGAAAUUAAUAUUAGAGUGAAUUGUUUCCACACA